AUGAAGAACUGCUCGUUUCUUCUGCAAGAAAAGUAUUUUCAGACAGAAACCCCUCUUUCUAACAGUGAAAAAAAUAUGAGCAGAAUGCCAGAUUCAAACAGCCGGGCUGAUAGAGACGAACAGCUAGCUCACAUUGAGAUUGCAAUUCUGGUAGUGAUAUUCUUGAUAGCUUCUGUGGGAAACCUCACUCUCAUUUUGGUAUUAUGGCAAAGAAGGAAAAAGCUAUCUCGGAUGCAUGUGUUUAUGUUACAUUUAAGUUUCGCCGACUUGGUGGUGGCCUUUUUUCAAGUUUUUCCACAACUAAUUUGGGAUAUUACAGAUGUCUUCAUUGGACCAGAUCCCGUGUGCAGAAUCGUAAAGUAUUUGCAAGUUGUUGGGAUGUUUGCGUCUACGUAUAUGAUUGUAGUCAUGACUGUGGACAGGUUUCAAGCAAUCUGUUAUCCGAUGGUAACAUUUCAAAAGAAACGAUCUUUGUGGAAUGCUGGAGUCAGUACGAGUUGGUGUAUUUCCUUCAUUUUCAGCAUCCCGCAGUUGUUUAUUUUUUCCAAGUCGGAAAUCUCACCAGGCAUUUCUGAAUGCUGGGCUGAAUUCAUUUUACCUUGGGGCCCAAUGGCGUACGUAACCUGGAUUUUUAUUGUUAUCUUCUUCAUUCCAGUGGUUACACUUACUGUAUGCCAGAUACAAAUCUGUAGAACUAUACAAAUGAACAUAUACGUGAAGAAACACAUUGACCUGGAGCGUAGGGAUCAACCACAAAGUAUAGCAUCAAGGGCUAGUAGUAUUAAUUGCAUAUCAAAGGCAAUGAUCAAGACAGUGAAGAUGAGCCUGGUGACCGUGUUUGCAUAUGUUUUGUGUUGGACACCAUUCUUUAUUGUCCAGCUAUGGGCAGUUUGGUUUCCCAGUAGUCUUACCGAAAAUGCUGUGUUCACCAUUGUAAUGCUGCUCGGAAGCUUGAACAGCUGUGUCAACCCCUGGAUAUAUAUGUAUUUUUGUGGUCACAUUCCACAAUGCAUAAAGAAAGUAAAACAUCUUUCGAUGCACUAUGAAUCUGCAAUAACUGCCAGUAUCAAUUUGAGAGACAGAGAUUGUGAUGAAAAAUCCACUUUUGUAUAAACAUCUCAUUUCACGCAACAUAUUAUGCUUGAAUUCUGUGUCAUUUUCUUCUGAUCAAU